AUGAAGAAAGCCGUGCAGAAGAGAGAUGAGCUGAAACCUGAAGUCGACAAAGCCAGGAGAGUUUACAGGGCGGCACUGGAUGCCAUUCGUAGACUCGAUGAAAUCCUUCAGCAGAAACGUGCCUAUCGAGAUGUUUUUACUCAAGAUGCUGUUGGGUUAAGGAACAAGUUGAAAUAUUAUUGUGAACGUUUGAUGUUCUACAAUCCCAUUGACUAUGGCCGAAAGGCAGAAGAGGUACUUUGGCGGAAAGUUUUCUAUGACAUUAUACAAUUGGUAAAGAGAAACAAACGGCAUAUUCGACCCCAUGGGUCUCUUGAGACAGCAUUCCGUACUCACCUUGCUGCUGCAACUGGAUAUUAUUACCACUUGCUUCUUCGUUUGCAGACAGAAUUCAGCCUCCAAUUGGAUGGCAAGUUAGACUUUCCUGUAGUCCCAGAUCAUUCUACAGGUAAGAAAGGUCAAAUCCACAAUUCAAAGAAAAAAGAUGUUAAUCCUAACGUUCAAGAAUGGGCAUUAGGAGCCUGUCAUCGGUGUCUUGUUUACCUGGGAGAUAUUGCUCGAUAUCAACAAGACUUUGACCACAGUCUCAGUAACAGUACUGCUGAGCGCUUCUAUUAUCAGGCACUUUGUCUUCUUCCUGAAGUUGGUAUACCCCACAACCAACUUGGUAGCUUAGUUGCCUCUCGAUAUUUCCAUACAGAAGCUGCCUACCAUUAUAUCCGAUGCUUAGUGAGUCAAAAGCCUUUUGAUGGUGCCCAAGGCAACCUGAAACGACUCUUAGAAAAGAAUUUAAAACGCUUCACUGAACUGAGCCAGAAAUCUCCACGUGAUCUUCCUCCUGAACAACAGAGGCCCCGUGACAUCAAACGAUUUUUUGUCCAUUUUCUAUAUCUGCUUGACAUCUUCUAUAAUAACAGUAGAAAUGUGGAAGCCCCUGAAAUCCAAGAAUGCUGCCAGAAUACUCUGCAAGACUUCAACCUGUGUAUGUUUUAUGAACCUGUGUGCUACAAUACAAGAGACUCUGUGACCGGCACCAUGCACCAUCACAAUACAUCUUUUUUUGAUCAUCUCCAAUAUUUAGAUGAUGAUAUUGUUUUCAAGAUUGCUGUCAUAUGUAUGGCCACUGUUCAUCUGCUUGAAAGAAAUGGUUCUCGUCAAGUUACUGCUGCCAUGGCUUUUCUACUUGCUUUGUUUUCUCAUAUUUUGAACCAUGUGGUGAUUCGGUUGCAAGGAGCUCUCUAUGAUAAGGAGAAUCUUAGCAAAUUGGCUGUGGCUGGUGCAGGUGAUGAAACAGAAGAAAGACUUGAUCACACCCACUCAUCUCCAGGUGGAAAUACUGUUCCACCAACUGAUAAUAGCAAUAAAAAUGUCUGUCUCAAUAAUGCCAAUAAAGUUACCAAUGACAAAUCAGCAGCAAAUUUUACCUGGGUCCAGCAGCAACAAACACAAUCCACCCCAAAUAAUGGAGAACCUUCAUCUGUAACUUCUGCUGAUAAAAAGAAGAAGUUAUGCUUAAGGAAUCUGAAGCGCCGUCGACGUCGGCAUCAUAGUAGCAGCAGUAAUGCUUCUGCAGUAUCUGAUGAUGAUUCUGAUCUCAGUGAAGGUGGAGAAGAUGUGAAUGAUGUUGACCUAUUAUCAGAUGAAUCUGAUGAGGAUCUUGGGAGCUAUCUUGAACAUGACUCUGAUUCUGAUUUAUCAGACACACUUAUUGAUGGACAAGAUGUACCAUCGAGUUUUUCGUUGACAGGCCGGAAUAACCAGCUUUUAACUAAUGGGCCUGGUUCUGCAGAUCAUCGGUCAAAUGUUGCUGCUGCAGCUGCAGCCGCAGCAGCUGAAGCAGCUGCAGCAGCUGCAGGUAUGGAUGGGAACUGGAAUCUGAGACACCCAAAUUCUCGCAAUAACAUUUGGACUGAUGCUGCUACUAAUGUCAGUCUUGUACAUUUCUCGUCUGAACUCCUGUCUAACUCGGCCACAUUCCUUGGACAAAAACUGGAGCUGAAUCUGAAGAACUCAAAAAUGGACAGUGCUGACAGCUGCAUGGAUUUUAAUUUGUUCAAAGAUAACAACAUUGAACAAAGAAACUCUGUACUCUCUGGCUAUAACACAGUAGAAGAUUGGCACUCAGCAGAAAUAACACAAAAACUCCAUGACUUUGUAAUAGAAACUGAUACAGAAACAAGCCGAGGGCCAACUGACACAGAGCUUUCCAGUGCCCUGAGUGAAACAGAUGCUGAAGGGGAGAGUCAGGUGGACAGAAAUGAAGCUGAUCGUCUACAUAUGCAACAUGUAAUUGAAGUAACCCAAAAUGAAGGCCUCCUUCAUGUUGUCAAAGUUCUUUGUGACUGGAUGAAGUGUCAUGCUAGUGUCAUAACAACCUGUGCACAGAGUUCUCAAUCUCUCUGGUGUCGCCUGUCGGUGUUACUGAAUUUCUUACCACUUGAAACCGACUUACCAGAUGACAGGGAAAUGUUAUGGCCUGAGAAUCUACGAUCAGUAGUAAGAAAUGUUAUUGAUGCUGACUGGAAACAACUUUACCCUCUUCGGGAAGAUGUCAAUCUUCAAUUAUUUCAGCCCCUGGCUGAGAUUCAUGCCAAUAUCAAUUUCGACAAACAGUUCAAGUUGAAUGAAAAACAAGAGGGAUGA